AUGGCCAGCCCUGCACAGUCCGGCUUUCCCGCGCGCACUAACAGCCGCCUAGACGCGUUCCUGCGGAGGCAUCUGGCGCCCAAGGACUACGAUGCCAUCCGCGCUUACGAGCCUUGCAUCGUGGUGUCCGACUCGGAGAACCACACCUUCAAGUACGUGGUGCUCAGCGACCGUCUCAUCUACCUGACCGAGAACCCGCCCAAGUCCAUCCGGUGGGCUGUGGCGCUGCGGGACGUAGUGGCCAUUGAGCUGAUUGAUGAUUAUCCAGAAUUUUUGAAUUCACCUGAUAGAGAAAUCAACCAGCACAUUCGUAUCAUCUAUUCUUCAACUGUUAACAAAGAAUAUGGAAAGUCAAAAGGUAUUGGGAAAUUGCUGUUUCCAUUUCAUCAUGCCAGUGCUAGCAAUAAGAAAGUCACAGAAGAGAAUAAUGGUCCUGACUUUUGGAAAAGCAGCGAGCUGAGACGUCUGAAUGAAUCCCCUCUCAGGUGCCGCCCAGAGAGCAGCACACAGUCCAAGGACUCAACUGUUGGUUCUCCAUCCAACUUCAAGGAAUCGUCCCUUCAUGGUCAAGUUGCCUUUCGACCCUUGCCUUCGCCCUCCAGGAGCAGCUGUCAGUCCACACCAGCUACUGGCAAAACCAUCAGUAGGACAUCUUGUACCACAGACACAAAAGAAACCCAAGACCUUGUGUCUCACAAAGGUUACCUAAGUGAAAUCCCUUAUAAGUGCAAUGGGAAUGGAAAUGAGUUUUAUUUAGAAAAUUCCUUCUUAACCUCCACUUUCCAGAGCAGCAAAAACCUCGAGAAAAGGGACUUGGAACUUCAUUUGUACAUCAUCUCUACUACCUCGUCUAUAUUUCUCCACUUAAAAAGUUCAUGGAACAAUUACAAUAUAAAAGCAACUCUUUUACAAGAUCCCUUAUAUGCUAGUGAGCUCGGUCCCACAGCUGGAAGUGAAAAGCCAUAUAAAUCUGAAGAGAAAAUUCAGCACUUCAGUCAACUUAAAUCCGAACUUUUUCUUAAAGACAAUAGUCUGAGCAAGACACUUUGUCUAAUUAUGGAACUUAGAGUAGCAGCCCAGAAAAACUUCAUCCUGAAAAGGCUCUUCUGGAAAACCAGUGACCUUUUCUAUUUCCUAGUGAACAAACUUCAAGAGUACUUGCCAGAGUCUAGGGACAAGAACGCACAUCACAAUAAAAGCCAAAGGGCUGAUGAGUUGGCGGCUUGCAUUGAAAUUCUUCAGACCCUGGGACAGAUGUUCAGAGAAACAGAAACUGAGUCAUCCCGGCUGAACACACUAACAGCUAAGAAGGGAACACUAUUUAAUCUCUUGGUGAUUUUGAUUAGCAAGCCUCAGAUUCCAAAAGCUUGUUCUGAGUUUGAUGUCCAGUCGGCUAAUUUGACUUCAGUUGAAAUGCCUUUUGAUGCUGAGUUACAGAAGCUUAUCCUGAAAUAUACAGAUACAGCUACAGCACUUUUAUAUGAGAUACUUCUUGUCUUUCAACAGGGAAAUUUUGGGUUGGGAUCCACAAAAUUCGCAAUUAACUGGAUGAUGUCCCUUCUACAAAAUUGUCCAUCUGUCCUACCUUUUGUGUCCAGUAUUGUGAAACAAGUGGUGAAGGGGCUUUCAGCUUCAUUUCAGCUCCUAAGUCCAUGCCAAGCAAUUCUGUUGUAUCAGCAGUUUUACAUCCUCAAGAGCUGCUUACAGUACAGCAAGACCCUGGCUGAGUAUAUCAGGAAUGACUACAGGGAAGAAUUCAGGUAUUUUAUUCACAUGUCAGCUUUGGAAAAAAGGCUCCCGUUGUAUUACCCUAUUACCCAACCCACCACUCAGCUUUUUCAUGAAGUUCUGAAAUUGAUUGAGCAGAAACCAUGUGGAAAAUGUUAG